AUGUCAAAAGUCUUCGUCACAGGCGUAACAGGAUACAUCGGCGGUGAUGUCUUAUCCCAGCUCAUCCUCCAAUAUCCCACCUUCACAUACCGAGUUCUAGUACGCACCGAGGAGAAAGUAAAACGAAUCCAAGCCCAAUAUCCGCAAGUACAGAUAGUAUACAGCGAUCUAGACGACUGCGCCAUUCUACAGCAGGAGAGCGCCAAUGCAGAUAUCAUCAUCCACUCCGCCGACGCAGCAGACAACCUCCCAGCCGCGAAAUCCAUCGCCGCAGGUAUCAUCCAAGGCCAUACCCCAGAACGACCCGCAUAUUGGCUGCACACCAGCGGAGCAGGUAUCUUCAGCUACAUUGACGAAGACGAGAAAACAUACGGCAUGAAACGGGCGAAGAUCUUCGAUGAUUGGAAUGGCGUCAAAGAGAUCGUCUCUAUUCCCGACCAUGCAUUCCACCGGGACGUAGACAAGAUCGUGCUCGAGGCUGCGGGAGACUAUGUAGAUGUAUUGCGUGCGGCCAUUAUCUCACCCGUUACUGUUUAUGGUGUUGGCCGUGGACCCUGUUCGCAGCGCAGUAGACAGGUCUAUGAGCUAGCGUGGACGACCCUCAAACGAGGUAAAGCUCCUAUCAUUGGUGCGGGCGAGUCCAUGGGCACUAAUGUUCAUAUUCAUGACUUGACGGAUCUGUUUCUCUUGUUUGUCAAGGGCGCGCUGGAGGGGAAUGAGCUCUUGUGGGGACCUAGUUCAUAUGUCCUUGCGGAAAAUGGGGAGCAUUGCUGGGGUGAUCUGGCGAGAUCAGUUGCACGGAUUGCACUUGAAGAAGGCUUUAUAUCGAGUGCCGAGGAGGAAACAUUGGAUAUUCAGCAGGCAAGAGAUCAGGCCGGGUAUGAGGCUGCUAGUUGGGGGCUGAAUGUUCGAUGUCGGGCUAUUCGCGCGCGUAAGCUGUUGGGCUGGACGCCGACGCGGCCGAGUCUGGAGGCUGAACUGCGGGAUAUUGUUAAGGGAGAGUGGGUUCUGAUGCAACACAGUAUUUUAUAG